GGGAACACCUGGGCUGUCAGGGUGGCGCCGCUGAAUGUCUCGCGUUGUUUUUGGUGUCUGUUUACUGUUGGAUCAGUGUUCCGGGUCAGACCUGUCCGGCAGGUUUGUGCGGAGCCGAGCAGCAGGUGAGGACACAGGAGGAGAAGAAGGGCGGGGAAGCGUCGGUGCUGUGUGGAAUCAGGAAGAAGAACAUGGAGCGGUGACAGAACACCCGAACACCGACCGAAACCAGAAUCCAGUUGGUUCUGUGCCACAGACACGCAAUACCUGAGCAGUUACAAUGAGUCGGCACCGUGCAGAUUCUCAGGAUUCCCUGGAGCCUGAUGAUGAGGUCGUGCCAUACAGUGAUGAUGAGACUGAUGACGACUUGGACGAGAGUUCCGAACCGGAAGCAGAAGCACCAACAAGUGUGCCACAGCAGCCGGUGGAGGCUAGACCCAGUGAGAUGAACUGGAAGGUGAAGGCCAACGACAGAGCGUAUCAUCAGCUGCCAGAGUUUGAGAAAAAAGUUUUUCUGUGCAUCAAGAAGAAUCGAUAUUCUGGAAAUGCCAUCAAAACAUACAAGUACAACUUCUUUACCUUCCUGCCUCUGAACCUGUACGAGCAGUUCAAGAGAGCUGCCAAUCUCUACUUCCUGCCCUCCUCAUUUUACAGGUGUGUCUGA